UUAAGCAUUUUAAAACGGCUGCAAAAGUUAAUGACUGACGAAAGCGAUGAAUGAGCGAGCGUGAGUUUUCUCGUGCUCAGCGUGGGCGCGCUCCAGCCACUCACUUGCUCUGCGAGCGUUUACAUCACGCGCCAGCCGCCUCGAGACACCGGGACCCGCACGGAACUCCCGUGAAUUCCCGCACUCUUAUUUUAUUACCGUGCAUUGCAUUCGGAAACACUUUGGUGUGAUGGCGGCGUUGACCGGAGGAGAGAUGUGCGUCAAGUAUUUGAUGUUCGCCUUCAAUUUCAUCUUCUGGAUUGCGGGUACGGGUGUCCUGGGUAUUGGACUUUGGCUGAGGUUGGAUCCCAAGACUAAGAGCUUGUUUGAAGGGGAGAACUCUCCUUAUGUCUUCUACACCGGUGUGUACAUUCUAAUCGCGGCUGGCGCUUUGAUGAUGGUCGUGGGAUUUCUGGGAUGUUGCGGAGCCAUCCAGGAGUCCUCGUGCAUGCUGGGAUUGUUUUUCUUCUUUCUGUUGGUGAUAUUUGCCGUCGAAGUGGCUGCUGGAAUUUGGGGCUUUUCUAACCAGUCCAAGGUUAUUGAAGAUAUAACUGCUUUCUACAGGCAAACGUACAAAAACUACCAAGACACCAAACAGGAUGCUCUGAAAGAGACACUCCGUCUCAUUCAGCAUGGCCUGAACUGCUGUGGUCAAUCAGGACUAGACCAAGAGGCAAUUAAGGAGACCUGCCCCAAAAAAGAGGGGCUUGAUGUACUCAUUACCAAGACCUGCCCUGAUGCCAUUGACGAAGUCUUCAACUCCAAACUACAUAUUAUAGGAGGUGUUGGCAUUGGCAUCGGAGUGAUUAUGAUCUUUGGCAUGAUCUUCAGCAUGAUGCUGUGCUGUGCCAUCCGAAAAACCCGGGAGAUUGUGUGAUGGUGCCGUUGCCUGGGCAACUGCCUGUGUAUCGUUGUUGCAUGAUGUCUGUCCCGAAGCACAUGACCUCAUCGGCUUAGAACCAGUUAGAUCACACCGACGAGCAUAAAAUCUCUAUAUUUCUUCGAUUGAUGGAAUUCAGGCAGUAUCUUAGUUUAGGCAGCUGUGUACCUGGCCUCAACCGUGAGAUAAAAAAGGAUCGGUUUAGCAUUUCAAACCCAUUGAAUAAGGCCUUUAAGUAUUUUUAUAUUUUUUUAUUGUUCAAAAUAGAUAUAAGGAUUAACCUUUGUUUUCUGUAUUGUACUUGCAGUAUUGCUGAGCUUUUUCUAAAGUUUUGAUUUGUGUAUAGGGUUGAUUUGAUUUACCAACAUCGAUGCAUGGCUACAAUAAAGCCAAAUUCAACAUGAA